AUGGCAGCACCUCCGUCGGCGUACAAGGACCGACAGUUCCUAGCUGUCAUUGGUGACGAAGACUCGGUCACUGGCCUCUUGCUUGCUGGUGUGGGACAUGUUACAGAGCCACCCGAUUCGAGGCGGAACUUCCUGGUCGUAGACUCCAAGACGGAGAAGACAGAGAUCGAGGACGCAUUCAGAAGCUUCACAAGCGAGAGGAAAGACAUUGGUAUAUUACUGAUCAACCAACAUGUUGCUGAACAGAUACGGGAAGCAGUCGAUCGAUUCCAGGAAGCCUUCCCAGCCGUACUGGAGAUUCCCAGCAAGGACCACCCGUACGAUCCGGAGAAGGACAGCGUCUUGCGCAGGGUGAGGAAGCUGUACGGCGAAUGA